AUGUCCGACUGGGAGGACGCGACACGGUGCACCCCGGCAGCAGAGUGCAGUCCUCCACCAUUGAACACGGCUCCCCUCGCGGCGUCUCCAGACGCUCCAGACUUAUACCACGUCGACCCCACUAAUAGCCCCGCGAAACUCGCCGUGGCUCCUUCACCUCCCACCACGCUGUCCUCAGCCUUUAAAGCCUGGCGCUUCUUCAGCGCCAGAGCUGAUGAUGAUCCCGACCUCGACCCCUCCAUCACGACUGCGUCUCCCUUCCCAGCUGCGGUAGACGACCAUCACCGGAGACAGAAGACACAGAAGACGCCCAGCAUCGUGGCAGUUCACCGCCCGACCCUCACUUUCAUACACGUCUUCUCCGUGACCUUCCUGAUCCUGGUCUUGGUCGCACAGCUCUUCCUAACCGACGUCAAGUUCCAGUACUCCAGGAUAUUCACUUCGCAUCCAUUCUCUCGAACCGUCUCCUCUCCGCCAGCUUUUGUCCUUGACGACUCUGUCUGCGAGAGUCCUCAACCCUUCCCCACCGCACCGCCCGUGUCAAGAGCACCCGCAAUGGAGAGCCCCUUGGUUCAGGAGACGAAGCGCAUCGUCGCCCAGUUCGACUACACGGGCACUGAUGUCAACAAUGGCGUCAAGGAGUUUCUGCGACAGAUGAACGAGGGGUUGCAGAAGGAUGGCACAAGUAUGAGCCAGAUCCCGACGUACGUCACUGGUGUUCCAAACGGCACCGAAAAGGGGCUGUACUUGGCUGUUGAUCUUGGAGGCACAAACUUCCGUGUCUGCUCCAUACACCUCAAUGGCGACACCACUUUCAACCUUACCUACAGCAAAGUUGCGAUUCCCAAGGAGUUGAUGGUUGCCAAAACAGCACAGGAGCUCUUUGCCUUCUUGGCAAAGCAGAUCGAACAGUUUCUCAAAACCCACCACGAAGACCACUUCGAAGCCCAUAUCCGACGGCGGAACACCAUAAGCACUCCCGAUGGCUUCCGAGACGAGCAUAUCUUCCGACUCGGUUUCACAUUCAGCUUUCCUGUUCAGCAGUUCGGCAUCAACAAGGGCACCCUGAUAAGAUGGACGAAGGGCUUCGAUAUUCCUGAUGCGGUUGGAAAAGACGUGUGUGCCUUGCUGCAGCAAGAGAUCGACUUGCUUCACCUUCCUGUCAAGGUUGCGGCUCUGGUCAACGACACGGUCGGUACUCUGAUGGCUCGCUCAUAUACCUCGCCGGGCAAGACUUCAACCCUUCUGGGAGCCAUAUUCGGGACGGGUACCAACGGUGCCUACGUCGAAAAGGUGGUAAACAUACAAAAGUCUGUGGAUGGCGAGUACGACAAGUCGACUGGUGAUAUGGUUAUCAACACCGAGUGGGGUUCCUUCGAUAACCAACUGAACGUGCUGCCUAACACCUCGUACGACAUAGAGCUGGACAAGAAGAGCGUCAACCCCGGCAUUCAGAUGUUUGAGAAGCGGGUAUCUGGCAUGUUCCUGGGCGAGAUCGUUCGUCUGGUCCUUGUCGAUAUGGUGAAGAACCCCAAUAUCGCUCUUUUCAAGGAUGACAACUCGAGCACGAAUGACUGGAGAUCCACGACAAAUAUCGGUUCCGGCUCGAGCCUACAUAAGCAGUGGGGUCUCGACAGCUCUCUGAUGUCGAUCGCCGUGGCCGACAACACACCGGAGCACUCGACUCUCCGCAUGCAACUUGAGAAGGAGCUCCAGGUAGACUCGGCCUCGUUUGAGGACACGCAGGCAUUCAAGGAGAUAUCCUAUGCCGUUGGCCGUCGUGCUGCCAGACUCGCUGCUGUAGCACUCGGUGCUACUGUUUUACAAAGCGGCAAGCUCAGCGAGGCUUCGGACGAGCCAAUUGACAUCGGCGUGGACGGUAGCCUUGUGGAGCACUACCCUUUCUUCAGGGACAUGAUCUACGAGGCCCUUGCUGCAAUUGAUGGCAUCGGACCUGCUGGAGCGCAGAGGAUCCGUAUUGGCAUCGCCAAAGACGGCAGCGGUGUAGGCGCAGCCCUCAUCGCGCUGGUUGCCGCAGGCAUGGAGAAGAAGGGCCCAGUAGACUACCUCAACGCUGUGAGGAACAAUGCUGCCCAGAAGCUCGCGGGUGUCUUGCCGACGGUUGGAGAGACGACGACGCUGUCAUAG